GCCUGGAAGAACACAAACACAGCGAAGGUGCACAGGGGCAAGAGAAACGCGGAGAAAGUGACAUUUAAAUUAUUUCGUGCGCUCAAUCUGAAUUUUACUUGAUCAGUUUGAUUCUACACGAGCAACUGAACACGACGAAGUGUAAUUAUGAGCGCGCACUCACUAAAGAGAGUUUAUAAGGUUUACUUUACUCAUGCUUUAUGAAAAUAAUCUUUGUAUUAUUUGAUACUGAAAUAGGGAAGUUGAAGCAUGGGCUCGAAGUUGACCAGACAAAGUAGUUUGGACAGCCAGGCGACUUUCUUUCGGAGGGGUCGACAGCAUCAUGAACGGGAUGUGGAGAAGAGGAGAGGAGGAAGAGGAGAGUUUUUAUUCAGUUCACUGAUGCUCAAGUCCGACAAGCUCCCCGGAAUGCUGCGCAAAUCCAGUCCCAGCCCAUAUGUCCGGAGAGUAGCUUGGGUUCGGGAGAUCCAAACCCUGCUGAAGGAGCAGAAGGUGGAACAAGCCAUCCGUGUGUUGAAACUGCUUAGAAAGGACCUGGGUCUUGAAGGAACAUCUCUCAACGACAUCCUCUACAAGAACGCUGCCUUCCUCAACCUAGUGGAUCCAAUUUCCCACGAGCUUUUGCUCAAUUUGGCCCGAGACAUGCAGUGUCCAAAAAGGGAGACUGAUGCUCUCAAGUCCUCUGAGAAGAUCUGCAGGCAGCUGAUCUAUCACCUGACCCCUCACUCCAAGUGGAGCAGACAGAACGUGCCCAGGAGGAAGUCUCAAGCCUGUCUUAAAACUACACUGAAAAAGAAAUUAACAAAUGAUACCGUGGAUCUGUCUGCUAUCCCCCUCUCUGGCCGUGAUCUGCAUCGUGUGGCAUACUACCUUCAGAACGAUGGUUCAUCUGUGACGGCAGUGGACAUCAGCUUCACAGAGCUCCAAGAUGAGAGCUUGCGACUUCUUUUACCAUUCUUAGGAGUGCUACCCAAACUCACCACACUUGCAAUCAACGGUAACCGACUGACUGUAGCUAUUCUUAAAGACCUGAUAGAGGUGGUUAAGGACCCCCAAAAGUUUCCCAGUUUGGCCUGGGUGGACCUGGGCAACAAUGUGGACAUCUUUACUGUGCCUCAGCCGUUGCUGGUCGCCCUACGCAGACGCUUUGGAAUGAGAAGCAGCCUACCUACCAUCUACGAAAACAGUGAGGGUCAAGGCAGCAGCUACUUCCUAGAGACUUCUACUGAGGAAAUCAGUGUGUUUGAGGAGGAUGAAGAGGAUGAGCUGGAAGACCAUCUGGUGCUGGAGCCCUGGAGUGUAGAAGAGAAAAAUACAUUGCAUUACUGUGAAAGGUGAUGGUGGUAUUGUUCUUUUGUUAUUCUAACACUCCAAAUAAAGGUUCAGUGCAUCAACAUUGUAAAAGCAUUAAGCACCCAUUUGCCACAAAACCUAAAUGGAGUGCCAUGAGACAAAAAAUGGUUAUGUAAAGUUGGUUCAUGGAGGGAGGAAGAAGGGUCAGGACCUGUUCCUCACUCCCACAGACUUUAUUCUUUAGUCCAGUUGCUGCAGAAAGCACCAGUGAAUCUGUUGUUUGCAACAUUAAAUUCAAAUUUAGGGCCAAAUACUAACUGACCACAUAUAAAAUAACAGAACAAGACAAAUUUGUACGACAUAAAACAACUACCACCCACAUCAGCAACUUUCAAGCUUCUGAUGUGAAACUUUCGCGUUUGGCUUGUGACAGAUAUGGCCAAAUGCUCCCCUCUGAGAAAGCUUUUGUCCAGGGUAGAUUCGCCUCAAUUAGACAAGCACUGAGAGCAAGGAGAGGUGAGAGAAGAGAGAAAAAAGGCUGCUAGAGUGCCUUCGGGCUAGAAGAGAUACUGAUGUCUGUGUGUUUGCAUGUGUGUGUUUGUGUGUGUGAUGUUUUUCUGUGGAAGCUUAUGAUGCAAAUGUAGCUUUAGCCAGAGCUCAUUAAACAGGACACAGAGGCAGCUGAGAGAAUAACAAUGCCACACAACCGACAUGGUUAUUUUUCAUUAAAUCGCAUCCAGGUUGCAACAAGGAAUGACAUUAUAAGACACAUAAGCAGCUGGCAAUGUUUCGUCAGCGCAAAAACCAUGUUUGUAGUGUCAGUGAAAUUGAUUUCAGUGUUUUUAUAGAAAAAAUUAGUUUGGUUCAUGUCAGUAUUUUAUAUUUUUUAAACAAAUUUGAUGUUACAGAGUUCAUUUAUUAAUUAUUAAUGCUGUGUGUGCGCAAAUGCACAAGUGUUUGACAGUAAAUGUGACCUUUUGAGUUGUUUUAUGAUGCCCUUUGCUCCACAGGUGGUUUUUCCUUUACAGACGCGUGUCUGAUUUGCACUUUACGUGACAGGCUUUUCUAGUUGGCUGGUCAUCUCCAGGUU